AUGUUACAUAACUUUGACAGUAAUACUAAGAACCUUAGUUUAUUCCCGUCAUACACUCUCUUGCCCUGCUGGAUCCCGGUGACGUCACGCGAACUUGUUUACAGCGACCAGUCCUUCCCCGAGCGCCGAAGGAGAGGGACCGGCAGCAACCUCGGGACACCCAGCUUCUUUGAACGAGAGAGUGCCCCUGCCAACACCCCUGUCAGCACCCCUGCCAACGCCCUUGCCAACGCCCCUGCCAACAUGAGUACCAACGCGAAGGUGGAGCAGCUGCCCGUGCCGUGCAUGCUGCUGGGGGAAGGACCGCACUGGCUCGAGCACCUGCAGGCCGUCCUUUACGUGGACGUCUUCAGCAAGGCCCUCCGCCGCCAGUUCGUCGACACCGGCAGGCAUCAGGUCCUCACGCUAGACGACGGCGGCGCGGCGGAGGUGGUGAGCGCCGUGAUCCCGAUAGCGGGCGAGCCGGACCUCUACCUCGUCGCCCUCGGGAAGAACCUGUCGGUGGUCCGCUGGUCGACGUCUGACCCCGACCAGCACACAGCGACCCCAAAGGUCAUCCAGACGACCACCGACGACCACUUCAACGACGCCAAGUGCGACCCUCGAGGACGACUCUGGGCUGGUACAAUGGGCCCCUUGGACGAACAGGGAGAAUUGGCGGAAUUCAAUAAUUCGUCCCUCUUUAAGUUGGACCACGAUCUGGUCUUUACUGACUGGGUGACGAAGGUGUCGAUCUCCAACGGCCUGGCCUGGAGUCACAGCAAGAAAAUUUUCUACUACAUCGAUUCUCCCGCUAAGGCCGUGUACGUGUUCGAUUACGACGAUGAGGCCGGUUCUAUCAGUAACCAACGCGUCCUGCUGGACUACGAGAGCGCCGGCCUCAAGGACCAAGUGCCGGACGGAAUGACCAUUGACGUGGACGGCAACUUGUGGGUCGCUUGCUUCGGAGGCAGCCAGGUAAUUUGCGUGGACCCGAAGGUGGGCAAAGUCAUCAGGCAGGUCCCGAUCCCAUCGAAGAACGUGACCUCGGUAUGCUGGGGGGGAGCUGAUUACUCCACGCUCUACGUCACUUCAGGAACCCUCAAGAUGUCCAAGGAGGAGGUGGCUGCUAACCCUUCCUCCGGAGGUACCUUUGCCGUUACGGGCCUGGGCACGAAGGGCCUCCCGCCCGUCGCCUUCAAAGUCGACCUCGAGAAGCUCCGGGCAAAGAUGGCUGCGUGAAGGCCUCCUCCACGAUUUCCGAGACAGUAGUCUCCACUCCGAUCCAGUUCCUUUACUGUACACACAUAUAUUUAUCGCGUAUGUCAAUCAGUGCCAAAAAAGGUUAACAUCAUGAACGUCAUUAAGUAAAAUAGAUCCACAUCAGUGACAAAGGUGAAGAUAUCGUCGACUUAUAUCAUAAGCUGGAUGAAGUCUCUCACUUUUGUAUCAUCUUAUAAAUGCCUUAAGCUGUAUCUUAUUUUCCAUAAAACAAGGGCAAAUUCUUCUUUUUAUCUACAUCCAUUUAUGUUUUGUAUAAGUUCAUCUAAGUGAACAUUAUUAUAAUCGCCAUCAGAGACUCGUGCAUACAGUAUUUACUGUAAUGAUUUCAAAGUCGAAUAUCAAAAUACCUGUACAUGCACAUCAUAUCUUAAAUGUAUAAUGGUUAAUUGUUAAAACAAAUAAAUGUGCUUAAAUGAACAAAUCGUAUAGAACUUUAAUUUUCUGUAUUAACUGAGUACCAUAAGGUUGCUUAACUGAGCAUUUAGGCCUAUACAUUUUGCUAAGAAUAAAUAACCUAAGCAAUCUGCUCAGUCACCAACCACAUAAAAUGAUCAUUUAUAACAUUCCCAUUAAAAAGAAAUCAUAAA